AUGGGGGUACCUUUACUUGGGGAUAGCAAACCCUUCUAUUUCCGGAUCUGGAACGGACUAAGUCAGAAGCUGCAAGGCAAAAAAUCCUGGGAUAAACAUCUGGAUGAAAUCUACUUACUCCAGCAGAAAAGAAUCUGGGAAUCCCCACUCCUCCAGGCUGCCAAAGAGAACAACCUCCCGGCCAUUAGGAAACUUCUCACCGACGGAACAUGUGAUGUUUAUCAGAGAGGUGCGGUGGGGGAGACUGCCCUUCAUGUAGCUGCCUUGUAUGAUAACGUGGAGGCUGCGGUGGCUCUGAUGGAAGCAGCUCCCGAGCUUGUCAAUGAGAAGAUGACAUCAGAGCUGUAUGAAGGGCAGACAGCUCUCCACAUUGCAGCAGUGAACCAGAACAUCACUUUGGUGAAGGCUUUACUCAAGAGAGGGGCCAACGCCCGCACAGCACAGGCCACUGGGCACUUCUUCAGGCGCAGCUCCCAGAAUCUUCUCUAUUUCGGAGAGCAUGUUUUAUCAUUUGCUGCCUGUGUGGGAAAUGAGGAGAUUGUACAGUUGCUUAUUGAACAUGGAGCUGACAUUAGAGCUCAAGAUUACCUGGGUAACACUGUUCUUCACAUCCUGGUUCUCCAACCUAAUAAGACAUUUGCCUGCCACAUGUACAGCCUGAUACUUGCCUAUGACAGGAACAAAGAGGGACCAGGAUCACUUGAAUUGAUUCCUAACAAUGAGGGCCUUACUCCAUUCAAACUGGCUGGAGUUGAGGGCAACACUGUGAUGUUUCAAUACCUUAUGCAGAAGCGGAAGCACAAUCUCUGGUCCUUUGGCCCCUUAACUACUGUGCUCUAUGAUCUCACAGAGAUUGAUUCCUGGGCUGAAGAUCAGUCUUUCCUUGAGCUCAUUGUCUCAACCAAGAAGAGAGAGGCACGACAGAUCUUGGACCUAACGCCUGUGAAGGAGCUGGUGAGCCUGAAGUGGAACAUGUAUGGUCGUCCCUAUUUCUGUUUCCUGGCUUUAUUCUAUAUACUCUAUAUGGUCUGCUUCACCAUGUGCUGCGUCUACCGACCACUGAAACCCCGGACAGGCAACAGAACAAGCAGCAGAGACAAUACAAUCUAUGUCCAGAAAAUGCUGCAGGAAUCAUAUAUGACGUAUGAGGAUGAGCUGAGGCUGGUGGGGGAACUGAUCACAGUCAUUGGAGCUGUAGUAAUUUUGAUCCUGGAGAUCCCAGAUAUCCUUAGAGUUGGAGCAGCGAAAUACUUUGGACAAACAAUCCUGGGAGGGCCUUUUCACAUAAUUGUCAUCACAUAUGCUUGCAUGAUUCUAGUAACCAUGGUGAUGCGUCUCACCAGCACAACUGGUGAGGUGGUGCCCAUGUCCUUUGCUCUGGUGCUAGGAUGGUGCAAUGUCAUGUACUUCGCAAGAGGCUUCCAGAUGCUUGGACCCUUUACCAUCAUGAUCCAGAAGAUGAUAUUUGGAGAUCUUAUGCGCUUUUGCUGGCUCAUGGCUGUGGUGAUACUAGGCUUUGCAUCAGCUUUUUACAUCAUCUUCCAGACGGAAAAUCCUGAAAACCUUGGGCAGUUCUACAACUAUCCCAUGUCCUUGUUCACCACCUUUGAGCUGUUCCUCACUAUCAUUGAUGGCCCUGCAAACUAUGAUGUGGACCUGCCUUUUAUGUACAGCGUGGUGUACUUUGCCUUUGCCAUCAUUGCCACCCUCCUUAUGCUCAACUUGUUGAUUGCCAUGAUGGGUGACACUCACUGGAGAGUAGCCCAUGAGCGGGAUGAGCUCUGGAGAGCCCAGGUUGUUGCUACUACUGUCAUGCUGGAGCGGAAACUGCCACGGUGUCUCUGGCCUCGGUCUGGAAUCUGUGGACGGGAAUAUGGGCUAGGGGACCGAUGGUAUCUCAGAGUUCAAGACAGGGUUGAUCCCAACAAACACAAGAUGAUGCGCUACACGGAAGCAUUUAAGGCUCAGGAUAGGGAUAAUUAUGACAAAGGUUUGGAAAAGCUGGAAAUCAAUAGUAAUGUCGUGUGCAAGAAGGACCAGUCUGCUGUAUCGUUGUCACGGAGCACAUCCAGGACUAGUUCUCACCGUGGCUGGGAGAUCCUGAGGCGCAACACCUUCCACCAGCUUCGUGGCGAGAUUGGUCAUCAUGCCACAGAAGAGGAGGUCUAUGAUGUCUAAAAAGCCUCAUUUUUCACUCCACAACCCAGAUCACUUUUGCCACAACAGAUGUCUUCUCCAACUAUUCAUACACACUCUAGCAUGCUACACACACUUAUCAGCCUUGAAGAACUCUGCUGGUGAACAGUUCAUGACAUCAAUGCUAUGAUAUGUGAAUGAAGUCUUUUCUCUCCUACUUUUAGG